AUGCGAGGCUCCCGGCACAGUUCCGGCCAGGCCGGCGCAUCCCAUUCUGAAUUCCUACCCUUAUUUAGGCCUCGUUACCGCCCUGUCAGGGAACAGCAGGACGCCCUGCUCUGUAAAGGAAGUGGCUGCCGCCAGCUGUGGACCUGGAACCGCAUCGCGGCCCCGCCCCCUCCGCCAGGCUGCCUUCUGCAACAGGCGCGGGUCACGCUCUCGCGCUCUCUCUCUGCCGCCAUCUUGGUUCCACGUUCCCCACACAGCCCCAGCCCCGGCAGCGUGGGUGUGGGAGGGGAGGUGGUUCGGGGCAGCGGCCGGGAGCCAGGCACGGAGGCUGCCCUCGCGCUGAGGACCAGGCGAGCGCGGCCUUGUGGGCAGACCGGCCCAUGGGCCCGUGGAGGCCGCUCUGCGGAGGGAAGAGGAGAAAUGCCCGGUGAAGCCACAGAAACCGUCCCUGCUACAGAGCAGGAGUUGCCACAGCCCCAGGCUGAGACAGCUGUGCAUUCUCUGUCUUCAGCCUUGAGUGUCACUGCUGCCUUAGGGCAGCCUGACCCUGCCCUUCCCCCUCCCUCCUCCCUGGCCCCCCAACACUGCCCUCUGGCAACCCCUAACCAGCCUCCCCCCUUCCUUUCUCCCUCUGCUGUUGCCUCCACCCCUUUUGAAGCUCCUUUUCCCCAGUCAUCCUCUGGGAUAGCCCUGCCUUUGGGAUCUGCCCCUUCCCUCCCUGACACCCCAGCUUUCCUGCCAAACCUAAUGGGGCCUCCCAUCUCCCCAGCUGCCUUAGCUCUGGCCUCUCCCAUGAUUACUCCAACUCUGAAAGGUGCGCGUUCCUCUUCAGCUCCCUUGGCUCUUGUGGCCUUGGCUCCCCACUCAGUGCAGAAGAGUUAUCCACCUAAUCCUCUUAGUGCACCUCCUUCAGUUGCUGAGGCUCAGUCAGGGUCAGUGAGAUCUCUGCCAGCUCCCAUUGCCUCCCCAGAACCACAGACCUCUCCUAUUCAAGCUCCCUCUGAAGUAGUCCCUGGUCCAAAAGGUACUCCCAUCCCUCCAGGUGUGGUCGGUGCUGUUCCUUCCCAUUUUAUAACUCCAUUGGCCUCUGUUCAAUCUGGAGUAGCCUCACGUCCUCAGACCCCACCUCCCACUCCCCUAACCAUCACUUCCUCUCAGGUCAAAGCCAUCCCCUGUCUUGGGACCAUAUACGUCAAUCGCAAGGCCAAGUUGGUACCUGUGCUUGUGACCCACCGGCUACAGAUUGGAGGCUCCAGCGACCCCCUCCAACUCAGGAUGCUAAUAGCAAGUCCAGGUUAUUACCUGUACUUCUGA